AUGGCUUCCAUUAAAUCAAUCGCUGCUUCGUCUCUGCUGUUCGCAGCUUUGUCGACUGCGUCAGUUAAUCAGGUUCUUGCGCCUGCAGAUGGCAUUGUCCUCGCGUCGUCUCCAUCUGCGAAAAAUCCUCUAGCAUGGGCUGGUGCCAACUCUCCCUAUCAUGCGGGUGCCAACGUAUACGACAUCUCGAAUGAGGUUCCGGAUGGUUGUUCCGUAAAGCAAGCUGCAUACGUUGUGAGACAUGGAAGCAGAUACCCCGACAGAGGUGCCUAUAACGGAUGGGUUGCUAUCCAGCAGAGGGUCCAGGCAGCAAAGGCAGCCGGAAACCUCACUGCCAAAGGCUCCUUGUCAUUUAUUGGCGACUGGGAGCCUGUUCUCACUAAUCCCGAUCUUCAGAUUGCGCAGGAAUCUAUGACCGGUUACAAGGAGGGACAUGACUUGGGCUACCAACUUCGAGCUCGCUACCCCGACUUCUACGAAGACGGAACCAAGUUCUACGCCUGGGCAAACCAAUACGCCAGCCCCAUCAACAAAUCUCGCGUCGUCCAGACCGCCAAAGCGUUCAUGCAGGGCUACCUGGGCGAAUUUGCCGAUACAUACGGCACAAUCGUCAGCAUCAACUCCACCGGAUCCCCGAACGCUAUCGGUAAUUCAUUGGGACCUUCCGAUGCUUGUCCCGCCUUUGGUAUGGGUGCCAGCGGGUCCAGCUUUAACAAUGAUACCAACUUUGCGGCAACCUGGACUCCCAAAGUCAUGAAGCGCGUCAACUCUCUCGUCGAUGGCAUCGACUUCACCGCGGGAGAUAUCCUCCAGAUGCCCUAUCUGUGUGGCUUCGAGAGCCAAAUCACCGGCCGGCUGAGCCCCUGGUGCGGCGUCUUGACCGAUGAAGAACUCGAAUACUACGAAUACACCCAAGACUUGCACUACUACUACGGCAUCGGCCCCGGCUCAACAACACCCACAAGCCUUCUCUUCCUGCCCUUCUUGGACAGUCUCAUGCAACUCCUCCAAGCCGGACCCGGUCAAAAGGGUAAAGGAAUCGACGGCGCAUCCUUCGACAUCCCCAAACUCGUCAUGGCGUUCAUGAACGACAACCAGAUCGCCGAAUUGACCGCUGGAAUGGGUAUUUUCGACACUGAUGCGCAGCCCAAAUUGCCCAUUGACAAACUGCUCAAGAAAAGAAUCUACAACGCCUCCAACUUCGUUAGCAUGCGAGGAACGGUUAUCUUUGAGGUUCUGAACUGCACAACUAAAUCACCGUCGCACCCACACGGCAAGAAACCGACAACCACUUCCACCGAUGACUAUAUCCGCCUCAUGCUUAACGAUGCUGUAUAUACCCUGCCUCAAUGCAACGAUGGCCCCGGUGGUAGCUGUUUGCUUUCGGACUAUGCUGAUUUUAUUAGCAAGCGCAAUGCCGCCGCUGGUAACUUCAUUGAUUAUUGCCAUGUCACCCAGGCCGGUCACCCCAAGACUGUGGGCGGUGCAAGCUUCUUCAGUGAUUUGACCCUUGACUUUUUGGAGUUUGUUGCUCCUCAUUAA